GCGAAAGCUAGGCCAUCGUCACGUAACUGUGUAGUUUCCAAUUGCAUUAAUAGGUAUUCAGGAAACGACGAAAAUAGAGAGAGUUAUACAUUAUUUGGAGUGCCAAGCAAUAGUUUGAAUACAUGGCAAGAGCUAAUGCCAAACGUAAAAUUACAGAAAAGGUCGAGGCUGUGCAAUCGCCAUUUUGACGAUUCUGACAUUGUCAAAGGGUACGAUAUUCUAGGUUUGUUUCAUCCUUUCACCCACUGGACAUUACGUGCAGGUUCAAAUCCUAAGUAUCAUCUCGAAGUUGGCAUUGAACAACCAAAAGUAAGGAAAAAAGCUUUGCAAGAUGUGACUUAUGCUACCAAUCUACCGGCUUCCACACUACACAUAUUGGAAAAUGUUCCUAUAACUGUCAACCAGCCCCCUCUGAAAAGGUCUCGUGUUAGUAAAUUACUCACUACUGAGAGGAGUAAAGUGCUACAGCUUGUGGACCUGUAUGGUGUAGCUGUCAAUGAACACGGUGUUUCUCAGCCAGUCACAGUCAUUCCUACUCACCAACUUCCCACAGUCACUUCUUCUCUUCCACCACAGUCGCUUCGUACUGCUUCCACAUCUUUUGAUUUAUUGGUCGAGUACAUUGAGCCAGUAACACCCAAGAAGACGGUGAUAUCUCAUUUUGAUAAGCAAGCCCAUAUCCCCAUAUUCUGUGAACAACAUCGAGAAGCCUUGAUUCCUUAUAUGGUAAUGGAAUAUACGAAGAUUCGUCAUCACUUUGAAGCGAAAAGACUGAAUAACCUCCUCUUGUCCAAGCAAAAAGCUAAAGUAAAAGCUAAAUUUAAGGAAGGAAAGCUCGCUUAAUGUAUUGCAUUUCAAAAUGUUAUGUAAUCGAUGUGGACACCAUAAUAAAAUCAGUCGGUUGCUUUCAAUUCAA